AUGCUGAAAUCACACGAAAAUACGAUGCCGGUGAGGAAGAUGGUGUUGAUUUGGACCAUUAUCAUGAUGAUUGGAAUCGUCUGCCUUCUCUUGAUUCCAGCCUUCCAUUUUCUGGGUAAAAUUAUAUUGUCUUACGUAGACACCUGUUGAUUUUCCUGUCAAUUUCAGCCUACUAUCAACACUAUUUGUUGUCUAUUCUGCCGGGAGAUUAUGAUCCCAUCGCUUGGAGUAUUUUUUUCAUCAAAGUAUGUUGCAAUUUACUUGGUCUUCUAAUUUCAAAAUUAAUGUUACCUAAAAUAAUGAAAAAAACAUUAUUUUUAGUCUCCGAUUGCUACUGUGAUCAUGAUCCUGGGCUUGAUUGUGUACACCGACCUUGCAUUCCCUCUGGCGAUGAUGUCUUUUGGGCUGAUCUUGAACAACGUUGACUUUGGAGGCCAUCUGCAAUCGGAUGAAUUCGUAGGUGUACAAUUUAUUUUGAGUGUUCUGAUUUUAGAAUAACAAUAUUGCCGGACAGAAGAAAGUCAACGAUUUGAACAACAACCGUCCGAAAGCGGAUUUUAAGGAGGAAUGCGUGUCUUAG